UUCCCACCACCACCACACAAUUUCCUUCAUUUCCAUUUGCUUUUGUGUUCGCGUUUGUGUUUUGAUUUCAAGAAAAUGGGUUCGAUUAGUUUCGCAGAAAAGCCGCAUGCAGUUUGCAUACCAUUCCCAGCUCAAGGUCACAUAAACCCUAUGCUCAACGUAGCCAAACUCCUCCACUUCAAAGGCUUUCACAUAACCUUUGUCAACACAGAGUUCAACCGCAAACGCCUCCUUAAAUCCCGAGGUUCCAACUCCCUUGACGGCCUUCCCUCUUUCCAGUUCGAGACCAUUCCCGAUGGGCUCCCUCCAACAAAUGCCAACGUUACCCAAGACAUACCAUCUUUGUGUCAUUCCACUAAAAAAACAUGCUUGCCUCACUUCAGAGAGCUUUUGUCCAAGCUCAACUCUUCACCCGAUUCGCCUCCUGUGAGUUGCAUAGUUUCCGAUGGUGUCAUGAGCUUCACUCUUGAUGCAGCUCAGGAACUUGGGAUUCCCGAAGUGCUUUUCUGGACAACAAGUGCUUGUGGCUUCUUGGCCUACAUGCAGUUUUACCGUCUCAUUGAAAAGGGUCUCACUCCUCAUAAAGAUGCCAGCUAUUUGACAAACGGGUAUUUGGAUACCGUGAUAGAUUGGCUACCAGGAAUGAAAGAUAUCCGAUUGAAGGACAUUCCAAGCUUCAUAAGAACUACAGAACCAGAUGACCAAAUGCUGGAUUUUAUUCUGGUCGAGACAGAACGAGCGAAAAAGGCUUCAGCAAUUAUUUUGAACACAUUCCAUGACUUCGAACGUGAAGUUUUAAAUGCACUUUCAACUCUGCUUCCGCCUGUUUACUCCAUCGGACCUUUAAAUCUACAAAUCGGUCAGAAUCCGGUGGAUAAAGAGUUGAAGUCAAUCGGAUCGAACCUAUGGACUGAAGAACCAGAGUGCCUUGAGUGGCUUGACACUAAAGAACCCAACUCUGUGGUUUAUGUUAACUUUGGAAGCAUCACAGUCAUGACAAAUGAGCAGCUAAUUGAGUUUGCAUGGGGACUUGCAAAUUGUAAGAAGACCUUUUUGUGGGUAAUUAGGCCUGACUUAGUUGGUGGGGAUUCAGCUGUGGUUCCUCCGGAGUUUGUGGAGGAGACCAAAGAUAGGAGCCUAUUGGCAAGUUGGUGUCCUCAGGAACAAGUUCUGAGUCACCCAGCUAUCGGAGGGUUUUUGACGCACAGCGGAUGGAACUCUACGCUUGAAAGCGUGUGCGGUGGAGUGCCUAUGAUUUGUUGGCCCUUUUUUGCGGAACAACAAACCAAUUGCAGGUUCAGUUGCAAAGAGUGGGGCAUUGGGUUGGAGAUUGAGGGUGAUGUGAAAAGAAAAUAUGUGGAGGGGCUUGUGAGAAAGUUAAUGGACGGGGAGGAGGGCAAAGAGAUGAGAAAGAAAUCUUUGGAGUGGAAGAAGUCGGCGAAGGAGGCCAGUAGUGGUCCUAAUGGAUUAUCUUUUGUGGAUCUGGACAAAAUGGUCAACCAGGUGCUUCUAACACCAAGAAAAGUCGAGUGAAAUGAUUACUAGAUGGCUGUUUAUUGUUGCUUAAUUGUUUUAUGAGUUUGAAUCUAGUUGUUAAUUGCCAUGUAUUUGGACCAUAUCUAGUCUCAUCGUUGUAAUUUUUAUUGAUUUCAAUGCAGUAAAAUCAUUCUAUUCACAUUCA